GCCACGUCACACUGUGUGUAAAGCGACGAAGGAGGAAGUGAGUGCGGUGUGGAGGAGAGAAUCCGGCUUUAAACCACCUUAAAUCCACAUUAAAUCACCUUAAAACACCUUAAAAACACCUUAAAAGCUGAAUUAAACCAAGUAGAGACUGAACCCGGGCUGAUCUGAUCCUCAUGUCUCCGGCGUCUGGAAUGCUGCUGGACGAGACCCCCCUGUUCGACUCCUCUCUGCUGCAGGAUCUGGACUGGGGCAGCAACACCGUGUCCUUCUGCCCCCCCAUCUCCCCCUCAGCGCCGGGGGAGGGGCUGCUGCUCCGCCCCCUCUGCCCUGCAGAUUUCGACAGAGGAUACUACAAGGUCUUAUCGCAGCUGACGGUGGCUGGAGACGUCACUAAAGAACAAUUCAAAGCCAACUUCGAGCACAUGAGGAGAACGGGCGACUAUUACGUCAUCGUGGUGGAGGACACCAAUCUCGGGCAAAUUGUUGCCACUGCAACUCUGAUCGUAGAGCACAAAUUCAUCCAUUCCUGCGCAAAGCGAGGGCGUGUUGAGGAGGUGGUCGUCAGUGACGUCUGCAGAGGGAAACAGCUGGGAAAACUGCUGGUCUCUACACUGACUCUGCUCAGCAGGAAGCUGCAGUGCUAUAAGAUCACGCUGGAGUGCGCCGAGAACAACGUAGACUUCUAUAAGAAGUUCGGAUACUCACCGUCGGAGGAGACGUACAUGCAGUGCCGCUUCUUCGACUGAGUUCUUCUCUUUGUAAGAAGAAAAAAACACUAAAAAAGAAACGUUUACGGAAAAAUCUGAUCCUGGAGCGACUCUGCGCCUUGCUGAAGGUAGACUGAGCCUGAAAACGUUCAAAACGCAAAAACUGUAGAAUAAUGAAGGAUUGUGGGGGAUGGAGUUCAGCCACGUUUAGUCACAUGACUGUUUUCUCAGCUUUACUGCGGGAGGUAGAGGUGCGGGUUCUCUUUGGGCAUCUUGAAUUCUUGGGGUUUGGUUAGAUGUUUGUACUGGAGGCUCAGUUUCCAGCAUAUAUUGAAAAAGAGGUACUUGAAUAUUUUCUACAGAGACGAAAAAAAAAUGCUCUUUUCUAUUGUCUGAUAAUUUAUAUUUUUAAAUAUAAAAAUGUAAAAAAAUGAUAAAAUAUUCUUUAAAGAAGAACAAAGAGUGUUUUUUUGGUGAUUUACUGUAGAAAUAGGCAUGUUUAAAGCAUGUUUUAUUGCAUAUUUUGAUAAUUACACCAAACAUUUACUGUACUUUACUUACAGUACCAGUCAAAAGUUUAAGCUUGCUAACUUUUGAAAAAUGAAAAAAAUGGACAAAGCCUCCUUUUAUCCUCCUGAAACCCUGUGUCCUCACAUGGGGACAUUAUAUUUAAUAUUAUAUCACAUUUAAUUACAUGACAACAUUACACUCAACUGAUUUAAAACAUGAUGGUGGGAAUCCCAGUCAAAAGUUUCUACAGCCAGACAGAAACACGGUCAGGUUAAAAUUCUUAUCACAUUUUAUGUUUGAAACUAGUUUAUUUAAUUAUUUUGUUUUUGGACUAAGGAUUAUUUAAAAUUUAAUUUAAUUAAAUUUAAUUUAAAAAAUGACAAGUUAAGUUUUUAUACUUAUAAAAACUAUAAGUAUAAAACUUAUAACUUAUACCACCAAGCAAAAGUCUGUGUCUCAGGAGGAUAUUAAGAAUAAAAAUAUAUAUAUAUAUAUAUUUUACCACAUAUUUCCAUUUUUGUUCUUUGAUAGUUUGAUGUCGAUCUUAAAGGGGACACUCGGCUCACAUUUUAAAAGAGUAAAAAAAAAAUAGGAGGGGUAGUUAAGAGGGCACUGGGUGAUGUAUGGGUUUAGAGGCGUGACAGGAGGGAGAGCUGAUUGGGCUAAGCGGUGAGAUGCAGAUGAUUGGAUGUCAGCAGGGGGGCGGUAUAUCGCCAUAGAUCGUCCUUUUGAGCCCAAGUCCGAAUUAAACCAGACAUUUUUUUUUAGUAAGUAAAUCGUUAAAACUGAGCUUUAAAAAAACAUUUUCAGGCGGUUUUAAUGAGCGAAAUCUGUUCAGAAUGAUUAAUGUUAAUUAACAUUGCAACACUAAUGAAGUAUAGACCUAUUUUUUAAGAAACAUCUUUAUGAAAAACAGAUCUACCCGUCUAUUCUAAAAUAAUUAACUGUUUUAAAAAUAUAAAAUACUUUCAAAACUAACUUUUUAUUUUAAGCAUAUAGCCUCAAUACAAAACACAUAAAAACAACAAUAAGUCUAUGCACUGCACCCUCAUUAAACUCAAAUAGACCAAGAACAAUAACAUCAUUUACAAAAUUUACAAUGACUUUCAUCUACUCUAAAAUAAUGAACGAUGUUUUAGAAUAUAAAUGCUUUCUGAACAAAUACAUUUUUUUAUUUAAAAAAGGAAAGACUGUGCAGUGCUCUCUGCAGAUCCAGAACUGUGUGAUUAUAACAUUAUAACUUGUGCAACUUUUUAUUUAAAACACAGUUUACAGUUUAAUUUGUUACUUUUUGUGAUUUAUCAUGUUGUAGCUUUAUAUAAAAUAAAAACAGCAU